CGAAAGAGACAAAGAAAGAGAAAGAGAAAGAGAGAGGGGGGAGAGAGAAAGAUUCUUAUUAAUUUCCCCAUCAUCCUAUUGAUCUUCCUCUUCCAUGGGAGAUAGAAAAGGGGACGCUAGAAUAUAUGUCAUCUCUGUUUUAUUCUUGGCAUGCACCAUCGGUGGAGGAGUCCUCCUUUUCGUGUACAUACGAGCCCCAGAUUUAGAAUCUGUAACGUUAUAUCUCAUUGUUGGCAUGACCUUGGUUGCAAUUCCAUGGCUGUUUUGGCUUCUCAUCUACAUGUAUAGAUGCUUUAGACCUGUAAAUGUUCAAUUUGAUGAGAAUCACCACAAUCAUAUUGGUAAUAGCAGAAAAGGGUCACCAAAAUCUGGACUUACAACCUCUGUUACCAGCCCUUAUGGUGUGAAAUCCUCUGAUCAUUCUCCUGCUUCUGGAGAGCGUCGCGUUCAUUUUGGAGCAAUUGUUGAGAUGGAGGAUGGUUUUGGUGGUGGUGGUUGUGGCCUAGAAGACCGCUGCAAAGGUGAUGCUGAGAUGUUACAGCACCAUGAGUUGAAGGAAGAACAUGCUAUACCAUCAUUAGUAUUGGUUGAGCCUAGAGAAAGUGAAUUGCCUUUAAAACCCUUACAUUGCAAGCCUGAAUCUUAGUGGAUUCUUCUAUUUAUAUGGUGUUAUAACAUGGAUGUAGUUCUUUUAGUUGAAUGCAUUCAUGGCAAGUAGACAUUUUAACUCAUAGAGGUCCUAUUGUAGGAGAUUGAAGGCCAUGCAUCCAUGAGAUGAAAUGAUAAAUAGAUCAAAGUGAGAUAUAAACUUGAUGAAUGACUCAGAGCAUAACAUGU